AUGAGCUUAAUUAACUGGUCUUUCACGGUUACUCUGCUAAUUUCUUGUUGUAAUGGCAUCGUAAGUUUAUUUUAAAAUUUAUUUCGAAUAACAUUCAUAUUUUUUAACAUUUUUUGCAGUUUCAAAUUGAAAAUUGAAUAUUUUAGCCGUUAAACUGCCGCGAUCAUUAUAAUGACGGCGAUAGGAUUGGUGGUGUAAGGACGGUUGACAUCAAUCAUCAAAAAAUUGAAGUGUUCUGCGAUCAGGAAACUUACGGAGGAGGUUGGACGGUCAUCCAGCAAAGAGUCGAUGGAUCCGAGCCAUUUUGGAAUCGGACUUGGGACGAGUACAAAAAUGGAUUUGGAGCACUUGGAAAGGUAAGGAAAAGUAAGGCUGUAAUAGGUUUUUCCCAAAAUUAUUUGGCAAAUAAUCUGUAUCUUCAAAUCAAUUUUCUAAAAUUUUGAACUGCAUUUUGAGAACUUCCAAAUUUCAGAACUCAAGUUUCUACGCCGGCAACGAACUGAUCCAUCUUUUAUCGAAACAGUACGGCCAAUUUGCGACUCUUCGAAUCGAACUUUACGGGGAUCAGACGCCCAGAAGUCCCUACGCCAAUGAUUUUUAUUUCCAACACUACAAUUUUACCGUAAGCUCAAAGUUUAUCAAAAAAUAAUUUUUUUUAGCUAGCCGAUGAAGAAGACUUCUAUCGUAUGAAAAUCUGGCUUGAUUGGGCUAUAAUUGUUGGGAACGCGAGCGCCGGUUGGUAUGACGUCACCUACAGUAAUAACAUUGCUUUUUCGACCAUUGACAAGAUCAGUGACCCGGAUAAACAGUGUCAGACCAAGUUUAGAAUGGGGUGAGUGGAUUCUAGAGGCGUAUUUUACUUUAUUAAACCCUGCUCAUAGAUGAAAUUAUUACAAAACUCAUGUUUCAGUGGCUGGUGGACCCAUUAUUGUGGAGUAGCCUCUCUAAAUGGCGAAUAUACCCCUGAACAUGGACAAUAUGGGAAGGGUUAUGGAAUGUACUUUACUAUUCUCGGAUUGUACAUUGUGCAUCCGGUCAGAGUCAGGAUGUUGGUCAGGGAUAAUCGAUUAUAA